AAAAUUUCUAACCUAAUCCUAUAGCCCUCAAAUUAGCUGAAGCUCUCCAAUAUUCUUCCCUUUCUUUAGCAGCCAGCCAUGUCUGCAAAAGAUGAAAGCUUUGGCAGCAGCUACCUCCCUUCUUUCGACGAAACCAACGAUCUCAAAAUUACCAAGCCAGACGUAUUGAGAUUUGCCCUGAUCAUAAUAUUUGUUUGCGGAAUGAUAUUUAGCGACAUUACAGAGAUUCCCACCGUCCCGAAAUUCUACGUGGACAAUGCUUCUCUUACCCAAUUCAACUACACCAAAACCAACCACUCUCUCUCCUACAACCUUGCCCUCAACAUCACCAUCACAAACCCCAAGAAGUACAUCGGCCUCGAGUACAGUGACAUCCAAGUCACUGCGUAUUAUGGAAGGACAAGGUUUGCUUUUGUGACUUUGGUGAACGAAACGGCAUCGUUUCACCAAAACUCUAAUACCACAGUCAGCUUUGAGAAUGUGGCUGUUCAAGGGCAGAAGUUGGUGCUGUUUGCGGAAUCUGUUUUUAACAAGUAUAGUUUGGGGACCGCUGCCGGCGUUUACAGUGUUGACCUUCUGAUUGCUUUCAAGGAAACGUUCGUCUCCGGCAAUGCCAUCUGCAAUCUAAAGCUUCCUUUGGGUUUUAAUGGGACAGCCACGCCUGGUUUCGAGGCUACAAAGUGCUGGAGGAGACGCUAUUAUUAA